AAAAAGUAGACAGGCGGCGGAGGCAGCGGUGGGUGGGGUGGGAUAAUGGCGGCCGCGGCGGCCAUUUCUCCCCUCCCUUCUCCUUCCUCCUCGUCGCAGCCCCUCUUCCUCUUCCUCCUCUCCAGGCCGCCGACACCAUCCCGCCUCCGCCACCCGCACCUCACCCUCCCCGCUCGAUCCCGCCCGCAUCGACCCUCCACCCCCACAUCCACAUCCACCCGCUGCCGCUGCUCCUCCUCCUCCUCCGCCGCCGCCGCGUCCUUCAACGGCUGGGCCGACCUCCCCGCCGACACGGACCUCCCCUUCAGCCUCCCGCAGCAGUCCCUCGCCGCCGCCCCGCUCCUCCUCCUCCUCCCCGUCGCCGCGCUCUCCCUCUCCCGCCUCCCGCCCGUCCCGCUCCUCGCCGCCGUCUUCGCCGCCGGAUUCGCCACCGCCAGGCACCUCGCCCCCGCCCCCGCCCCCUCCUCCAUCCCGCGCCUCGCCGCGCUCCUCGCGGAUCUCGAUGCCCGCCUCCUCUCCCUCAGGGACCACCUCCUGGCCUCGUCCCCCGCCGACGGUGACAACGGCGACAUCGAGGCCGUGGACCGGGCGCACGAUGCGGUCCUGGAGUGCGCGGCAGCCGUGGCCGGCGGCCAGGGCCAGGGCAGCAGCAGCAACGCCGGCGGCGGCGCUCCGGACGACGGGGCGCUGCAGGACGUGGCCAGGGAGGUCGCCGGCUACAUCGGCGGCUGGGCUCGGGUAGCCCUGCGGGAGCUCAGCUUCGCCUCGCCGCGGAAGAAGCCCGCCAAGGCCGUCGCCCCUGAUGCUUCUACGGCCGAUGCCAAGAGUAAUUCAGGCUCUGCUGUAGCCCAGCAAGGGGAUGGGGAAAAGAAGACAGUUGAUUCAGCGGCUGUCGGACGCGCCCGGCCGCUCGACAUGCUACCGUUCGAUGGCAAGGAUGCUGAUGCCAAUGGGUUUGAGGAUGCCGGGUUCAGUUCUGAGAGCAGGCAGGAAGACGGCGGCCGGCUGGAGAGGCUUGUGUCCAAGCACAGGUAUGGCCGCGGCAGCAGGGUGCGAAAUGAUGGUCCCUUUCAAGAAGGCGAUAGGGUGAGGAGCGACGGUCGCUUUGAAGAAGGCGGCAGGUUCGCCGCCGCUGAAUCCGCCGAGUCCUCUUUGCUGGAGAGGACGCUCGAGAUCCGGGACAGGUCGUACAGGCUGAAGAUCGAGCACCGCGACGGCGGUGAGAGCCGAGCGAGUGGAGCACGGGGGACGCCGGCUGAUGAAUUCGUGGGCAGCGCUGCCGCCAGUGUCGAGGAACCACCACUUGCAGAUGAUAAUGAGGGUGGUGGUGCUGCUGGGGGUUCAGAUGGUGAAGAGUUCAGCCGCAACAUCAAUGAGGCUGCCGAGAUCUUGAGGAAGGCGAGGGAGUGCAUGAUGGCCAGGGACGACGAAGAGGCCGCGGACGCGUUGCUGUAUAGGUCAGCAAGGCUUCUGUCCACCGCCGUGGCUUUGAGGCCGGCAAGCCUGGUAGCGGUCGGUCAGCUAGGGAACACCUACCUCCUCCAUGGGGAGCUCAAGCUCAAGAUUAGCCGCGAGCUGAGGACGCUGCUGGCCAACAGCGGGGCGUAUCUGAAUGGAGGAGAGCGUGUCUCACGGUCCAGGAAGCUGGACAGAAGAAUCCUUAACAGAGAGAACAUUUCGUCCGCGCUAGUGGGCGUUUGUGAGGAGUGUGAGAGCCUCCUUGUUGAGGCAGGCAGAAGCUAUAGGACGGCUGUGUCAAUUGAUUCGGGCGACGUCAAGGCGCUGUACAAUUGGGGACUGGCGCUUAUCUUUCGUGGACAACUGCUUGCCGACAUCGGACCGGAAGCAGCAGUUGAUGCUGAUCGGGUGUAUUUGGCUGCGAUCGAUAAGUUUGAUGCCAUGUUAUCCAAAAGCAACACUUAUGCUCCAGAAGCUCUCUACAGAUGGGGCAGCGCGCUGCAGCAACGGUCCCAGUUGCGGUCUCGGAACAACAAGGAGAAGAUAAGGCUGCUGGAGCAGGCAAAGAGUCUGUUUGAAGACGUUCUGUACGUUGAGGGUAACAACAAGAUGGUACGGGAAGCGCUGUCGUCGUGCAUAUCAGAGCUUAACUACCAUGGACGAUGGCUACAGUGAAUUGGCCAUUAGUUGUGUGCUGUAUUAGGAUUGAAGACAGAGAUGAGUGAAAUAAGAUGAAGCAAGCUGUAUGUAUGAAGGAUACAGAUAUCCUUUACUACGACGAGAAAGUCGCUCCUGUACACAAUUUUCCUUAAAAGGCUUAGCAUUUCAACAGGAAGGAAGGAAGAACCUUCACAGACGAGCUUUGCAUAUGAAUAACAAGGAUCCCAGACUUAGUUUAAGAAAUUGCACACAAGUUCCAGUCUAUGAUCAUCAAUUUCAUCUUCAGAAUUUAGAAGCUAUGUCAGCUCAUGUUGCCUUCUUUCUGUUGGUGGCCUCUGCUCUGCAUGGGGGGAAUUGAUGAGAAGAUUGUGUUCUUAUCAGCUCAACUACUUCUGUCUGCAGUGCCAACGUCAAGUUGGGAAAUGAGUGCUGCAACCUGAUUAGCAUUUGCUGCAAGAGAAGGCUCCGUGUAGUUGUAGUCUUCGCGGACAUCUUUGAAGCCAUCAUGCCCGUCAGGACCAGCAACCAUUACUCCGAGGAUGAUAUUAGGGUUUGCUUUCUUACUCUGCUUCCAUUCUGUACCUCCUUUGCACCCGUACUUAACACCGUCAUAAGGGAUCGAUGCCCCUCUGUGAUGAACAUUUUUGGGGUACUUGUUUCCAAAACCGACAAUGUACGUAGCAUUGGGUUCUUUUCCUAAGAUGUAAUCAAAGCUGCAAAUCGAGUUAUCAUCAAUUUAUUUAUAUUCA